CCUCCCUUUCAUCCUUCAAAGCUCCAAUCAAGGUGCGGUAGAUAUCGUGAUCAUAACUUUGCGAUGGAGUUUCUCUGAGGCUCUUAUCUCAAUGCUGGACACUCUCCCAGGUGUAUCGAACUCUGGCGACUCUACCUGCCUCGAACAGUGGCUCGUCAUCACCGUCUGUAUCACAGUCUGCCUUCUGAUUUGUGCCCUCUUUACAUUCACCACUCUCUCCAUCCGCGAAAUAUGGCUCAUCCGGCAAUCGAGGAGAGGAAAGGAUAAAGAAGAGGAUGAGAAGGAGCAGUUGGUGGACAUUGCUGAUGAAGUGGGGGUGACCCACAAGAAGACGGAGUAAUAAGGAGAAAUUAAAUGUUGAGAACUGUGAAGAACAUAUUGUUGUAAGCCGAAUGCUGGGGAGAUUGACUUUGAAUGGACAUAGCGAGCGAUGCGAAUGUUCACUUAGCGAUGCGGUGCUACGAAGGAGCCUUAACAAGUUAAAAUCAAUUGCUUUCGUGUUUGUUAUAUAUAUUCGGUGGUUCGCAUGAACAGCUGCAACCACUUCCAUUCAUC